AUGGCCAAGCGUAAAUAUAUAAAAGUGGAUCCUGACCAACUCAAACAGUUGCAUCAACAACGUCUGGACGUAUACAAUGAGCUUUUGCGUCUUCGAACUAAAAGAAACGAGAUAUCGCAAGCCAUUAAUGCGGGCAACAGUAGCGAUCGCAAGCAAUUGAUCGCUGAAGGCAAGACGGUCAAAGCCGACACAAAAGCCCACGAGGACCGAUUAACAGCGAUCGAACGUGAUCUCUUACAUUUAGCGUUGCAAAUUCCCAAUGAUACCCAUCCCGAAGCGCCUGUAGGGCCUGAGGAAAAUGCGCGCGUUAUCAAAAUAGUGGGUGAACAGCGAAAAAGCACGCCCGACCACCCGUUGGAAGAUCACCUCGAUAUCGCGCUACGACUAAACAUCCUCGAUCUGGAGCAGGCAGCUAUUGUGAGUGGUUCCAGUUUUUACUAUCUGCAGGGCCUCGGCGCGUUUCUGGAAACGGCUUUAAUUCAGUACGCCAUGGAAAAAGCGGCCAGUCGAGGGUUCUUAGCCGUGCUGACGCCGGACAUUGUUCGGAAAAGUGUGGCCUAUGGUUGCGGAUUCCAACCACGAAGUGGCGAAAGCUCGCAAAUCUACGAUGUUAAGACCAACGAUGAGGAUACUGCCAAAUUAUGUCUGGCUGGCACCGCUGAAAUCCCGCUGGCGGGAAAAUUCGCGACCAAAGUGCUCAACCAAGUGGACUUGCCUCAACGCGUGGUAGGAUUUGGCCACGCUUUCCGUGUUGAAGCUGGCGGUCGCGGCGUAGAAACCAAAGGCUUGUAUCGAGUCCAUCAGUUUUCCAAGGUGGAGUUAUUUGCAGUCACCACAGCCGAACAAAGCGAAUCCAUGCUUGAAGAAUUCCGUCACCUACAGGAGGAAAUGUUCACCGAGUUGGGAUUAUGUUUCCGAAUCUUGGAUAUGCCGACGGAGGAAUUGGGAGCAAGUGCAUACAGAAAAUACGACAUGGAAGCGUGGAUGCCUGGACGAGAAAAAUGGGGAGAGAUUUCGUCCACGUCCAACUGCACAGAUUAUCAAUCGCGACGACUCUCUAUACGGUAUCGACCGACGCAUCACAGUGGCCAAAACACGCUCUUCUGUCACACACUGAACGGUACAGCGAUGGCUGUACCGAGAGUUAUUAUCGCUAUACUUGAAACUUUUCAGCGACCGGAUGGCACGGUGGCAGUUCCAAAAGUCUUGCAAAAAUGGAUGCCACAGCAAAUUUCCGUAUUGUCUUAA